AGAGAGAGAGAGAGAGAGAGAGAGAUGGGGGGAUGGAGGUGGUGUGCUGGUGGUGAUGGUGAUGAUGCUGCUGGUGGACGGGGUUUGUCUUUUAGCUGGCUGGAUGUGGUGACACGCAUUUCUGCUCCAUCUCCUUGAUUAAACCGGCAGCUUGGGGGGGGCAGCGGACAGUGAGGCAGCAGCAGGCAGGCGGGCAGGCAGGCAGGCAGGCGGGCGGACAGGCAGGGGGUGCUGGGUAGGCAGGCAGGCAGGCAGGCGGGCAAAGGAAUGAGAGCGGACCGAGCCACGGCAUCUUCACCAUGCAGCCGACCACCACCACCACUACCAGCAGCAGCAGCAGAAGCCGUCCAUUUUACGCGAUUAUAUGAGCCGAUGAGCCAGUGUGUCUGUGCUGUGCAGACGGGCCGUGUGCAUUCCCGGCGAUGACAACAUAGGCCAACGCCUCGCCGCAGCUACACACAGGGAAUGAAAACGCUCCCAAGAUGGUCCGCAUCGCCAAGGCCCUGGGUUUGGUUAUCCUGUGCGUCGCCGUGCUCAUCCUGUCGCUCAUCAGCUAUGUGUCCCUGAGAAAAGACAGCCUCUUCUCUUCCUCUAAAUACUACAUGGGGGGUCCGAGGAUUAUGUUCCAUGCAGGAUUUCGGUCUCAGUUUGCCAUGAAUUUCCUGGACCCCUCCUUUAUACCCCUAACUAAUGCCCUGAAUGAGGAGCUCCAAGGAAAGCCAACCAAAUGGAGGUUCAACAAGACUGCUUAUCAUCAGCAGAGGAAAGAUAUCUUCAACUACAUCGACAUUCCCAACAACUUCUCCCUCACAAAGAACAGUGUGCGUGUCGGCCAGCUGAUGCACUUUGACUACUCUAGCCACAAGUAUGUCUUCUCCAUCAGCAACAACUUCAAAUCCCUCCUCCCGGACACCUCUCCCAUCCACAACAAGCACUACAGCAUAUGCUCUGUGGUGGGCAACAGCGGCAUCCUGACAGGCAGCCACUGCGGCCCAGAAAUCGACAAUGCCGACUUCGUCUUCCGCUGCAACUUCGCCCCCACGGAGGUCUACUCCAAGGACGUGGGCAAGAAGACCAACCUGACCACCUUUAACCCCAGCAUCCUGGAGAGGUACUACAAUAACCUGCUGACCAUUCAAGACAGGAAUAACUUCUUCCUCAACCUGAAGAAGCUGGAGGGAGCCAUCCUGUGGAUCCCUGCGUUCUUUCUUCAUACGUCAGCCACAGUGACCAGGACCUUGGUGGACUUCUUUGUGGAGCACAAGGGCCAGUUGAAGGUUGAACUGGCCUGGCCGGGGAACAUCAUGCACGAUGUCAACAAAUACUGGAAGACUAAAAACCUCUCCCCCAAGCGUCUCAGCACUGGAAUCCUCAUGUACACGCUGGCCUCUGCCAUGUGCGACGAGAUCCACCUCUACGGCUUCUGGCCCUUCGGCUGGGACCCCAACACGGGCAAGGACCUGCCUUACCACUACUACGACAAGAAAGGGACCAAAUUCACCACCAAGUGGCAGGAGACCCACCAGCUGCCCAGCGAGUUCAAGCUGCUCUACAAGCUGCACAGGGAAGGUGUGAUCAAACUCAGCCUGACGCACUGCUCUUAGACACAGAGGUGGCUCCGGAGACCAUGACCCAGAUACAUCCGUUCAGCUCAAACUUCUGUUGUGACCCACACUGCAUGAUAAGUGUUUAGGCAAUUUAGGACACCCGCAUUACAGAAACACACACUCACGUCACGCUGUAAUUCCACAUGAAGAUGUCAGGCUCACUCGGGGUGUAAAUCACAGACUUAUCACAGCAGUGUUGCUCAUUCGGUAUAUUAUUAUCUUCAGUACUGCAGUUAGGACUUUUCAUGCUGCUCAGUUGCUUCCAUUACUCUCCUUUGCAUGGCUGCUGGCUGUGGCUAAACAGCUCGAACACAACAAACGACUAUUUUAACUGGAGUCCACUGGGGAUUCUUCUGGUUCUCGUUCAACACAGUCUUGAUUGAUUAAUCGCCUUUUACAACAGUAUACUGGUUCUGUACACUGAAAUCACUGCCUAAUCUCAGGGAAGGAGUUAGAUCAGUGUUUUUUUGUAAUCAGAUUAAAUGCCUCAAAAGAGGUGCAGUUCCUGUUUUUCCAGGCCUUUUUCCCCCACAAGGUGUCAGACAAUCUGCACUGCUCUGGAAGAUGGUAUUUGUUUACAAGACUGUACUCUCUCUCUAUAUACACACAUAUAUAUAUAUAUAUAUAUAUAUACUUGUGUGUCUUUUAUUCUCUGUAGACAGUGUGACUGUCCACUCCAAAUUUUGUUGAGAUUCUUCAAAGUUUUGGAAUAAUAAUCAACAUUCCAACAAUAAGCCAUAAAUUCAUGGACAGACGAUAGUGUGUUGUCAUUACAAUACUGAAUUUCAGAAAGUGGUAUCGGCCUACAUUAGGUUCUGAAAGUAUAGGACAUUGGAAUUACCUUCCAACAAGACUACAAGUCUGUAGCCACGCUAGCAGCUUCAUUAGAGUCACUGGCUUUGACUGAACAAAAGAGUAAAUACCCAGCAAUCUUAGAAAAACCCAAAAUGUCACUUCACAACACUUUCCUCUAUUCUGAAGCCAUUUCAUAUUUAUCAUUUACACUGAACAGUGGAAAAAAACCUUUAACCAUUUUCCAAAGUUACUAUUUUCCCAUCUAUUGUGCUGCUCUCCUACAACACAAGAGAUUUUAAGUUUGAACAUUUUAAAUAGUAAAAAGUAAUAUAUGUGAUAGUUAAAUAUCCAUUCUUUAAAUUUGGCUCAAGUUGUAUGAAUUCAGCAAGAGGUAUUUCUCUAGGGUUUUUGAGGAAUCUGGAAAUACCUUUAUAACAGCGGCAUGUUUUGCUCAAACACCUCCUGGGAUUUUCAAAGAUGUUACGGUGAUACUUGGGGCUGUGGUCACACCUGCUGUUCCUAAAACCAUUAGACUACUAAGUUUGUGUUAAGUACUCAUUAGCUGGUUUCAAACUAGCCAACUACAAAAGAGACCUCGAGACCUCAGGAAGUUACUUCUGUUCUGGGCCAAGACAAUGUUUUGUAAGUAUGAACCAAUUUAGUUAUAUAUAUAGUGAGAUUUAGAGUUUGUAAUGGUUGGAUUUUGUCAUCUGUGGACAUAGCCAGGCUAGCUGUUUCCUCAAUUUUCCGGUCUUUCUGCUAAGCUACGUUAGCUGCCUGCUGGCUCCGGCUUCAUGCAGGACCACAGAUUUAUACAGAAGAACUAGAUGCGAAGAUGUUGCCUAUUCAAUCCAGACAGAAUUAUUUGCCUGGCGCCAAACAACUUGUCUAGUUUCCAGGUUUACUUCUUUGUCAUGUGGCCCUCUUAGAAUGGGCAGUCGAGUUUUCUCACCCGCAAGUUCCCGCUCUGCCCAUAGACUAUACAUUUUGAUGAUAUCAGACAUUUGUAAUCGCUUUUCCAGGCUAAAGUUUAAAAGCAUAAAGUAUGGUAUAAAGUCAAGUAUAAAUCCUCCAUAGAUGGAAAACUCUUAAUAGAAAUAGUCAUAAUUGCAUAUCAAGGUCUGUUUUACUGGGGAAGUUGUUGUAAUAUCGCUAGAGGCCACUGGGCCAAAUUGGAAGCAAAGCUGAGCUGCACCCUCCUAUUCAGGUGUGUUAUACAUCCAUGUAGGCAACUGGACAUUCAGACAUCAGAAUAUUAUCUGUCUUGUCAACAAACUCUUAAAUUAUCGUAUAUUAACAUGCUUCCCAUACUGGCAAAAUAUUCCUUUAAAGCCCAAUAUCUUCACCUGUAGACUUUGUUGAAGUAAGAUUUAAUAUUACUUUCAAUAGUAAAAGUUUUCAGGAGGCAGACAACUGCCAAUCCUUUGUACAUGUAGGUAGUUUAGCAUGAUUAGCAAAUAUCCAAAAAUUUGUAAUUUGGUCAUUUAAUCUAACAUUAAAAAGUCAUGCAUUUCAUCAUAUGAGGUGAAGUGCAAUUUAAAUUGCCCCAAGUCUAUGCUGCACAGUUAAAGUAAUUCUGUGUCAUAUUUCUUUUACAAAGCUAAAGUUGGCUUGGUCAGCCAGUCAAGUAAGGUGCAAAACUGUUAGCCAAAACUGCAUUACCGCGACCUACUAUUACAAUGUAAGAAUGGAAAGUAAACAAUAUUGUGAUAAUUGUCAUUAUCGGUACACGUACAGUGACACUCCUAGUACCAGACAAAGACCAACGUGUGACCUAAAUAAUGGGGCUAGCGUGGCUAAAGGCAUCAGGAAUGACACAUUUUGGACACAAUUUCUUCAGCUCUUUAAUACAUACCGACAAAGAAGGUUUGCCAAUAUUUCAAUUACAAAAAUACUAGAAUACACGUUUUAUUGCAGAGGUAUUGUUGGCCAGGGGAAAGAUAUUUUUUCAUCAUGUAACCAUAUCAAUUCCAGUAUCUGUGACAUAAACCAGAGAAAUGAAUGAAUGUUAUAUGACUUCCUGCAUCUUGUAUAAAGCGCAUGAUCCAUUUAAAUGGAACUGCAUGUGAGGCACUAACAAAUCUUAUAGGCUAGUUUUAUACAACCUUUUUGAAGAUUGUUUUGCAGGUAACAUUUUGUUCUUUGCUAUUGUUUGUAUUUCUGAUGGUGUAUUCCUUAAGAACAUAUUUGUAUGAGAGAUGUUUGAAGGUGACAACAACAAAAAAAAACCCAAACCCUACUGCUAUAUUCCACAUGGGACCAAACCUCUACAGAUCAACUUAAAAACGAACAAGCUUUAUUUUUUUGUAAAUGUUGAUAAACUUGGGUUCUUGAAAACAGUCCACCCCAUCUCGCCAGACUGAAGCAGACUGGUGGAUGUGGGGUUCAGGGCGACUGGGCCCAAACAGUGAAAGCUGGCCACAUGAUCAUCUCAUGACUCUGCAACACGUGCUCCUUCUAGCAAAUUCUGGUUUGGGGUGAGGUUUAACACACAGAGCCAGGCAGUCAUUCACACUCAACCAGAUGUAAUGUGUGCUUUUGUGCUCAUUCUGAUUUAGCGUGGUAGGCAUUUGCUUGACAUCCUGUCCCAUACAAAGAGGUUUUUUGUCCGUCUCCUUAGGCAAGAUGAGGAUUUCAGAUAGUAAAUGUUUGUGUCUCGUCUCCAAAUCACGGCUCAGUCACCAGAACUACCUUGAAAACACAUAUCUGUUGCAAACGUUUUAAUAGCUAAAUUUAAGGCCAUUUAAUUGAUGUCAUAGAUGUGUAGAUUUAGGAAUAAUUCCCUCAUUAGGAAUGUUUUGUAGGUACACCAAAGACCAUGUGUUUAGAUAAAUACUACUUGAGUUUGAUACAGAUAGACUGAUUUGGGUUUUUGGAAGCUGUAUGACAACUAACAAGUAUUAUUGUAGAAGAAGAAAUGGAUCACUUUUUCUGACAUGAAAGUUUGCUUCUAUGACUUCAGCUAAAGUAAUGUGGUGGAAUUUAUUUGUGACUCCAUGAAUGUCCUCCCAAAAUCUACUGGCGCUGACAUGAAUGCUGGAAAUUUUCCUCCUCAAAAAGGUUCUCUUAAUUUCAAAGUCAAUGUGUAGAAUGUUUGUAAACAGUAACAAUGCUAAAAAAAAAGGAAAAGUCUGUGGGGAUUGUAAAUCCAGUCAGAAAAACAGUAUAGCUGUUUGUGCAUUACAUUUUAAAUGACAAGACAGUGACAUACAUAACCUAAACAUAAAUGUCUUUAUUCAAAAUGCAGCAUUAUAAAGGAUUUGUUCCAACAACCCUUAAACAUUCUUGUACUUGUGUUCGAUCUGCAUGGCAACUUUGUUCCAUAAUGCAUAAAAAAGCUUGGCUGCUUAUGUACAUGUCGUAUAAAAGUCAUAAAUCAUGUAAGGGACUUUGGCUAUCUUGGGUUGUUCUAACAAAAACAUCAUCCAUAUAAGAAAUGUAACCAUGUCUUAAAUGUUUUUUGAUUAUACUCCAUGAUAAAUAUAUGUUAUGUGCCUGCAUAUUCCUUCCAUCAAUGCCUAAAUGUGUCAAAUAAAAAUGGUAUUUUUCUCUGAAAUAA